CUAUAAAGUAUGACUUCCCAUUUUACAAUUGUGUGGUUAUAAAUAUCUGCAGCGCAUAGUUACAUGGUGUCUUUUCAACACCGCCUCUAAAUAAAACUUCAUUUAGCUGGCGAAUGAGUCGACUCGUUCUCUUACGUGUCUAUCCCAAAGGAUUCGCUUUUAUUGAAUCAAUCAGUGCAAAUAAAUCUUUUUAGAGCAACUAGUUCAAAAAGAUUCGAGUCACUGGAAUGAGUCAAAAUCCCCACUGUUACUUUUGAAUCAGAUGUCUCUCAGGAUGAUGGACAUUUGAUCCGGCCAAUCAGCGAGUUCAGCUUCUCGAUAGGCGGGAUUAUUGGUUGCAUCGUAACAAGCUAGGCUGCAACCCCCCCAGUCUCAACUCCUCCAUACAAACACACACGAGCGGUGGCUUGUUUUGGUCUGGUACGGCUUCGCAAAAUAAGAAAACUCAGCGACUUUCGGAGGAACUUAUGCAGCGGUUUAAACGGACUCGGUACAUCUCCGUUGUUAAAUAACGCUGAGAUGCAAACUCCGCGCUCGUGCUUUGUUUAAUUGCACUUUUGGGAUUUUUGCAGACAGCGCUUUGAUCUCCGGGGUAAACGGGGUCGUGCGCUGCUGACUGCGCUUGUUUUGAUAAUGCAUUCGGAUCUCUGGACUGAAAAGGACGCUGUUUUGUAAAUAUCACUGUUUUGUAUUUUUAUACAUCACAAACUUGGUGCUUUCCGGUACUUGCAAUAUUCUUUGAAGAUGUCCGAUGGAUUAUUUAAAGUUAGUUUUAACAAUGUAAUGCUGCUGACGAUAAUCCAAGUGUGCUACGGUAUCAAUGAACUGUUAUAACUGAAGCUCGUGUCGGAGUGCACAAAAGUGACUUGUUUUAGUGUUAUUUUUCCUCAAUUUUUACUAAAUGGAAACGUUUUUGUGUCGGCGUUCACGUUUGGUGAAGAUUGCACACGUAACGCUUUGACUUCCGAUCCUGCAAUUUUUCUGUAAAUAUUUUUAUAUAUAUACCAUGGCAAGCCCGACUACGGAGCAAGGAUGUUUUUCAGACGUGAAAAAGGUGGGUUAUUUAAGGAAACCCAAAAGCAUGCACAAAAGGUUUUUUGUACUGAGGGCGGCGAGCGCCUCCGGACCGUCCCGACUGGAGUACUAUGAAAACGAGAAGAAGUGGAGACACAAGUCUGGAGCGCCGAAAAGAUCCAUUCCGCUGGAGAGCUGCUUUAACAUCAACAAAAGAGCGGAUUCAAAAAACAAACAUCUCGUCGCGCUUUAUACCAAGGAUGAGUACUUUGCUAUCGCUGCUGACAGCGAGAUCGAGCAAGAGUCAUGGUAUGAAGCCCUGGUUGAUCUCCAUAACAGAGGUAAGGUCCACGAAACUGCCCCGGGCCGUGGAGUUGGCGAGGAUAAUUACGGGGAAGCCACGCCGGGACCUGCCUUUAAAGAGGUUUGGCAAGUUAUAUUGAAACCAAAGGGUCUGGGUCACACAAAGAACUUGAUUGGAGUUUACAGAUUAUGCCUCACCAAUAAGACUAUCAGCUUUGUGAAACUGAAUUCGGAUGCAGCAGCUGUGGUUUUGCAGUUGAUGAACAUUAGGAGAUGUGGUCACUCUGAAAAUUUCUUUUUUAUUGAAGUCGGCCGAUCUGCUGUGACAGGCCCCGGGGAGUUUUGGAUGCAAGUGGAUGACUCUGUUGUGGCUCAGAACAUGCAUGAAACUAUAUUAGAAGCCAUGAAAGCCAUGAGUGAGGAGUUCAGACCCCGCAGCAAAAGCCAGUCAUCUUCUAACUGCUCAAACCCCAUCUCAGUGCCUGUCAGGCGGCAUCAUCACAAUAAUCCUCCCCCUAGUCAAGUUGGCUUAGGCAGGCGCUCUCGGGCGGAGAGUGUGACGGCCACUUCUCCUGUUAGGCCUGGCAAACACAGCCAUUCGUUUAGAGUGAGAGCAUCUAGUGAUGGAGAGGGCACCAUGUCCAGGCCGGCAUCUGUGGACGGGAGUCCAAGCAGCCCGAGCAAUGCCCGACCUCAAUCGCAACGGCACAGAGGGGGAUCCAGACUUCACCCGCCACUCAAUCACAGCAGAUCAAUACCCACGCCCACCUCACGGUGCUCCCCCUCAGCCAUCAGCCCCAUCAGCCUGUCCUCCAGCAGCACGAGCGGGCAUGGCUCCACAUCUGACUGCCUCUUUCCACGUCGCUCUAGUGCCUCGAUAUCUGGAUCACCCAGCGAUGGCGGAUUCAUCUCCUCAGAUGAAUAUGGAUCCAGCCCCUGUGACUUUCGAAGCUCGUUUCGUAGCGUGACUCCAGACUCGCUUGGCCACACACCACCUGCCAGGGAGGAAGAGAUAAACAACUACAUCUGCAUGGCAAAGCCCGGUUCACUUCCUGGUGCCGGGAGCCAGUCACGAAGCCAAUCUAGAGGAACACCGUCAAGACUAGAGGAGCCUGAGUUGGAAAAAUGUUUUCGGAAAAGAACUCAUUCUUCUGGUGCUUCGCCGCCAACUCCAUGCCAUCAGAAAACUCCCUCACAAUCGCCUGCUGCAUCUUUAGAGGAAUACACUGUGAUGAUGCCUACAUACCCACGAAGCCGCUCUGCAUCAUCGUCAUCAUCAACAUAUAGGCACUCAUUCAUGCCAACACAUUCAUACCCAGAGGAAGGUACAGAUGCAUCACAAGCAAAAGAUGAAAGGGGGCCAGAUCACAAAGAUGACGGCUAUAUGCCCAUGCUGCCAGGCGUUGCGCCUGCAACCCCUACAACCAAAAGCAGUGACUACAUGCCCAUGAGUCCAAAAAGUGUGUCUGCACCACAGCAAAUUAUCAACCCCAGGCAACACUCGCAUGUCGACUCCAAUGGUUACAUGAUGAUGUCACCAAGUGGCAGCUGCUCUCCAGAUGGCACAACAAACUAUGGCAAGAUCUGGACGAAUGGCAUCAACCCUAAGCUCUCCGUAGAGAGUAUGGAAGGUAAAGUGUCGUCAUGUGGAGAUUACAUAAACAUGUCUCCAGCUAGUUGCUCAACAACAAGUACGCCUCCAGACUGCUUUUUCAACCCUGUGGAAGAUCCUCCCAGGCCUAUGUAUGCUUACUACUCUUUGCCCCGCUCAUUCAAACAUGCUAACAGGAAGCAGGAUCAGAGCCCGCUUCGAGUGUCACUGGGCUCGAGUCGAUUAGCAUACGCUGACUCCUCUUCAUCUUCAGCAAGCAGUGACAGCUUGGGUGGUCAAAGCAAUUCCCAGCAGUCUGCUGUCAAACCCAAAAGGUCAGAGGGCAACGGUAGGCUGACACGUCCAACACGGCUGUCACUGGACGCCAGCAAAGCAAGUACUCUUCCACGCACACGUGAGAGCCCCUUCCCUCCUGAGCCUAAAAGUCCUGGGGAGUAUGUCAACAUUGAGUUCAACGACAAGGCAUUUUCAGCGAGCUUAGCAUCGCUGUUCCCACCUGUUUAUUCAGUAAGUGAUGCUGAGGCCCCGUCGGAUCUUUCAUCAUCUGAGUACAUGAACAUGCAGCUGGGAUCCCAGGCCAGACGGCUGUGCUCCGAAUUGCAGACUUCCUCUUCCAGUUCAGAUUAUGCCAUAAUCACACCGUCAAACUCUGUAUCCUCGCCUCCACUGCCAUGUGAGAGCAUAUGUGAACGUGACUACAUCAGCAUGCAGUUAGCAUCCUGCACUGGCUUUCCUGACACACAAUUGAUGCUAAUGACCGAGGCCCUGCCAGAUGCAGAUGCCCCUCCUUGUUCUGUAUCACCCAAUCAUGACGUGACGACAUUAAGCGGCGCUCCUGGAAGACCAGCUCUGAUUAGCCCUUUAUCAGGUCUGAGUGCAUUCACACGGGUUAACUCCACUUCCGGACGAAACCAGGGCGCUAAAGUAAUACGUGCUGACCCACAGGGUCGACGGCGGCACAGUUCAGAGACUUUUGCAUCCACAGCGACCAGAGGGUCAGUCGACACAUCGAGCACCUGUCAAUCAGGGGAUGUAAAGCGCCACAGCUCCGCCUCCUUCGAGAAUGUGUGGUUGAGACCUGAUCAGGCCUCUGCUGCUUCUACCGCUCCAUCUGCAUCGACAGUAACCAACGGACGAAGGGAAACCGCUUCAGGCCAAAUUCCCACAUUAACAAACCAUGACCAGAACGGCCUGAACUACAUUGAUCUGGAUCUAAUGCAGAAUGGAGAGCAACAUGUUCCUGAUUGGAAUGCUUUCCAGUCUCGGCCGGUGGAGCUGGGAGCUGUUGAAGGUAUAGAAGAGCUCAGUGCCUAUGCCAGUAUAAACUUCCAGAAAUCAGAUGAGACCAGAGGGAAUCUCACACACAGAGAAGAAUGAAGAGUAAAAAUCCGCCGCUGCUUCAAGAAUCAACGCUCAAAAUCUCCUCCCCAAUUCACUGCAAGCCGGACCUCAGAAAACUGGACCUCGAUAAACUCACUAACCUCAUUUUUGCAGGACGCUACCAAAACCAUAUGGACAAAACAGACCUCAAAACAUCACAUAUCCGGACCUCACAAAAUGCUGGAUUUCACCAACCAUAAAUCUCCCUCAGCUGGACUUUCACUGUGUUCUUCACCUACUCAGAUAUUACUGUUACAGACUCGGUACAAAUCCAUUUCUACUAUGGUAAAAUGCACAGGUACAGGGCAGUAUGAUGGCAAUAGUCUUUCAAACAAUGGUGCAUUAAUAUUUAUGUAUAUGAUGGUACUUUUUUUUUCCUUUAAGUACCCAACGUACGACAGAUGUUUUUGGUACAGGGAUGCUCAAUGAAGCAGCCAUAUUGUGUCGGGUUUUUGUCGAUUGUAACGGUUUUUUUCAGUACUGCCAGAUUACACUUACAACUCAGUUUCUGCACCCAGUACGAAUGACCUCAAACACCUAGACUUGACCUCAGGACUUUAUGAAAGAGUUUACACACAUAUACACACACGCACACACACACACACACACACACACACACACACAUACAUACAUACAUACAUACAUACAAACAUACACACUGUGUUUCAGCACUGUGAGCCGUUACUGACCUCAUGCUGCCAAACACACACUGUGAUGUCUGUCAAACUAUUAUUUUUUUUUAUGCUUGGUCAUGUUACAUCCCGCUAAAUUGUAAUAAUAAGCAGGAGUGGAGUUUAUACGGACUCUCAGAGGGCCUCAGACCAUUUUUAUUUUUUUUUUAGCUAAUAUUAUUGUUUUAUUUAAAUGUUUUUAUUUAAGUAUCAGUUCAUGAACACAACAUUUUGGUACUAUUACAUUUUUAUUUUUUUUAUUUUUAACUUUCGCUUUUUAAUUUUCUAAUUUUAUUUUAAUUAUGUUUUUCAUAAUUAGAGAUCCACAUUUUGGUACUACACAUUUAAAUUGACUUUUAAUAAUUAAUUUAAUCAUUUGUAAAGAAUUUUCUUUAUUCUAUUAUUAAACGUUUAUAUUUUAAUGCAAAAUCUGCCAUAUAAUUGUAAUAGAUCUCUAAAAGAGUGUAUACUGACUUCCAAACCAAACAUUUCCACUUUUUUUCCCCCUGAAAUUUUCAUUUAAGCUUACUAAAUUACAAGAAUUAGUAUAUAUGUAUUAGGCGUGGGGUAGGGCUGUGUGAUUUAAUCGAAUUCGAAUCACCAUCGCAGUAUGAAACAUUGCGAUUAGCUAAUCGGCAUUAAUAGACAAAUUCAUAUCAAAAGAAAAACAACAUGCCGAUAAUAAUAUGGGCAUAUUUUGGUUUCAAAGUCACAGACACCGAACAAAAACAGGUCAUUUGUAAGAGCUGUCAUAGAAUGGUUGCUACAGCAUGAGGAAGUACAACAACCAACACUGGAAAAAAAAAAAAAACACCACGGGCGGCUAUAUGAGCGUCCUGCUAAAAUGUCAACUAAAAGUAUUGCUAAUGACAGUCAAGCUAGUAGCUAUCAACAGCAAAGUACAAUUUUAGAGUUGUUUGCAGCUGUUAUACCAUGUGAAAAAACAUCACAAAGGAGAUAACUAACGCCAAAACUCAACUGUUAGCUCUAGAGAAAACUGAGUGUUUAAUUUCUCAAUAUUUAUAAACAAAUUUGAAUAAAAGUUGGAGUAGGUUAAUAUAUUUCCAGUUCCUUUUUUAACUAACACCCACUGCAGUUUAGCAGUAAGAAGCUACGAUAUAAAAUAUUGAGCUGAAGCUUAACUACAAAAUUAAAUCGCAAUAUCUUUUAAGAAAACCGCAAUUAGAUAUUUUCCAUAAAUCUCUAAUUGAUUUGAAUUUCCAUAAAAACCUAGGGAUGGGCCUGUAUAAGUUUCUGACAGUAUAAUCACCUUGGAUAAAAGUGUCAUGGUUUCACAGUAUUGUGAUUACUGCUUUAAAAUAUGGUCUUUUUAAAUGUCUGGGUAUAAACAACCAUGUUUUCUCCCAUUAAACAUGUUGUAUUUUUAUUUUAGGAAAUCUUUAUAAUAUUUUGGAAGAGUUAACAUGUCAGGCCAAAUAGUUUAAAUAAAUCAUAGACUUCUGCUGUCUUAAUUAGAUUCAAUAACACAGAUUUCUCUACAACACAAAUAAAAAAAAAACCCUUACAUUUAUCUUAAAAAUGGUAUAACAAAAUUUUAGUGAUUUUAAAACCUUGACUUGACCUUGAAACCGGUUAUCGUCCCAUGCCUAACAUGUAUAUUAAGUGUUAAAAUAAAAAAAUAUAUUAAAAUUAACUCAAACUAUUUAAGUUCAAAAACUUAAUUUUUUGCAAUUUGAGCACAGUAAAACCCAAUAAAUGAAGAGAACUUAAACCAAAUGAGUACUGUAAUACCCAGUAAGUUAAGGCAACUCAAACCGUUUGAGGAUUUUGAGUUUGAGGAUUGCUACAAACCAUUUGAGUUGAAAAACUAAUCUAUAUGAGUUCUGUCAACUUACUCCAUUGAAGCUGAAGUAAUGAGGUAUUUAAUUACUAAAUUUAAAUAGAUCAUAGACUUCUGCUGUCUUCAUUAGUUUCAUCAACACAGAAUUCUUUACAACACAAAUAAAAAACCCUUACAUCACCUUAGGAACGGUAUAAAAAUUUUUUAGUGAUUUUAAAACCUUGACUUGAUCUUGAAACCGGUUAUCGUCCCAUGCCUAAUAUGUAGAUUAAGUGUAUACAUAUAAUAUAUAUGUCGGCUUCAUCAUUGAACUCCAUCUAAAAUUAACACAACCAUUUCUCACAGUCGUGCUUACAACAGAUUGAAUUGUUCAUCAUAAUCCAACUUGGCAACUAUCAACAGAGUUGAGAUUUUGUGGAUGAGAGGAGGACUAUUUUUUUUGAACGAUUAUUAUUAUUGUGCUAACUUUUCAAGCGCAUAAGAGGCCUUAUAGCUCUGGUUGGGCUAAAAAUAAAGCUCAAGCAACUACAAUUAUUGAUGUGUAAUUCCAACCUGAUCUCACGAGGAAAUGUAAUUAUUUUACAUUUUGUCAGUUUAAUGGCUAAUUCGUACGAGUUGAGAUGUACGAAAAUGUACGAUUUAAAAAAAAAGGCGUGGCGCCCAACCCUGCCCCUAAACCCAGCUGUCACUGGGUGAUGAGCAAAUCAUACUAAGUUGUACGAAUUAGAUCAUAUGAAUUCAUACGAAUUAGCCACUAAAUCAAAAAGUUACAAAUUGCCUUGAGAUUGCGUUAGGAAUUCCCAUAACUGAACUACUUUUUUUGAUCACAGUGUAUCACCAAUAGUUGGUCAAACCGAACAAAAGCUUGCAUAGUUACAUAUGAUAAAAGAACAUCUGAAAGCAAGCGGAUUUUCGCAGGCAGCAGUUCGUUUUUUUCUGCUGUUAAGCCUUGGAAGCCAGUCAAAGGUGUUCUCAACCUUUAUUUAGGCUGUUUAAUUUCCUCACGGAUGUUACUUUGAUUUCAUACGGUUUAUUUUUUGCUUAAAAGAACUCUUGCUGUGGCGAUGAUGGUACGGUCCCAGCAACAGGUGUACAAUGUCUGUCAUGUUUGCUGCUGAAAUGAAACAAACAAUGAACAAUCUGUAAAUUAUUGAAUAUAUAGAAAUGUUGUUCUUGGUUCUCUUUUAAGAGUAUUUAACAUUUCACGGUUGGUGUUUCAUUAUCCUUUUUGUUUUGCCUUUAGAUUAUCGACACGUAUUUUUGAAAUGUGUCAACUCUUUUUAAAGUUUUUGUGGGGAGUAUUUUCCUUUAUAGCAGAAAAUCGAUGUAUAAUCCAAUAUUUCGGAGAGAAUGGUACGUUUCCUUAAUUAUUUUUAGAUACAAAAAUGCUUAUUAAUGAAAACCUGCACAUCAGGGACGUCCCCUCUCAAAUGGAAUCGCUUUUGGGAAGCUGUUACAGUUUCUCCGAGCUCUGAUUGGCUGACACAGCGGUGCUCCAGUAACCUGAUAGGCUGCUCUGUCAUAUGAUAGGUCGCAGUUGUGGAUUUAGCACCCUGCAGUGAUACAGGGUGUGGGGCAUCACUCCUGCAACACCUCAUUUGUAAAUAAUGUAUUGUACAAAAGAAAACCCGUGAUUGGUGGAUAUUGGACUGCGUGGUGCUCAAUGCAAGCAGACUGACUGGUUGUCUCGAACGAAUGAAUGAAUGGAAACGUGUAAACAAUAUGAGUGUAUGUACAGAUGAGUGGAUGUAUGCACAUGUAAACAAAUAUGUCUGUUUUAAUGAAUGAAUGAAAUGAGCAGCAGUAAGGAGAGGGCUUCCUCGCCACCCCUAUUUUAGAAGAAUGGUGUCUUCUGGAUCCUUGACGUGUAAUAAAGUAGAAGCGCUUAUCUUUUCUGAA